AAUCCCUGUUCAAAGAAAAAAAAUACGAUUUUUAAAAAAAAAAUCGAGUGCUCUCUUUGUUCUCUAGAACUUCCCAGGAAUCUCUUGGUUUAAAUUUAGGGUAAAAAAGUUCGUACAGUUAACCCUGUGAAUCAAACUUUGUACUCUGUGAAUUUCGAAGCUUUCGUUUUAGUGAAGUUUUUGCCCUUUUAUUGGAAGAAAAUCAGUUUUUCUUUUUUCCUUCUUUGGAGUUUGGAGUAUUUGAUUUUCCGGUGAAAAUCGUCUGUUUCAGAAAGCUAAACUAGGCACAAAUAGUCUUCCAUCGACAUGACAUCUAAUCAAAAUAUUGGAUUUGUGUUUACUGGUGGUUAUGGAUCUGGAAGGCAUGUCUGACUUGUACAUGUAUGAGCUUGAAGAUAAUGUUUGGGAUGAUUUUGGUGCUACCGAUGAUCAUAUAGUGCCUCAUACUGCUGAUGAAUAUGGAGGUAGAAAAAAACCACGAUAUGAAGUGCUUGGAGUUACUAGUGAUGCUGAUAGUAGGAAGAAAUUUGGUAUUUUGAGGGAGAAGGAGAAAGGCUUACAUAUUUUGACCAAGAACAGAAUGUUAGAAAAGGAUCCGUGGUCUCGCAUUCAUGAUAGCUUGUUUCCCACUUCAGGUGAUAAUGACUCACUCAAAGAUGGAACAAGCAUGGCUUCUGAUGAUCCCAGGAUGUCCAGCCAUGGUCUUGAAACUGGAAAUAUAGAUUCAGUUGGAAGUGACCUAUGUGCCGAUGAUCCUAUCUUGGUUGACAAGUGUGCCCCAGAGGACAAUAAUGAUUACCAUUUUCCACUAAAUCACAUAACUGCAGCUGAUGAUGAUCUUAGGUUUUUCAAUAAUAAUCACGAGGACAAAGAAAAUAGUGAUCUUUUAUAUUAUGGUUGGGGAGACAUUGGGAAUUUUGAGGAUGUUGACAGGAUGUUCAGAAGUUGUGAUUCAACAUUUGGGUUGGGGAGUCUCAGUAAUGAAGAUGAUAUGUGCUGGUUUUCAUCUUCACAAGUGGCAGAAGGAUCUCAAGGUGCAUUGAAGGCUGAUGCUAAACUGAAUGGCUUACAAGAGUGCCCAACUUCUAGGUCAGCAAGUGCAGGUCUGGCAACUGUUGACUCCAUCAAGAAAAGUGAAUUUCUAAAUGAAAAAAUAACUUCUGUAAAUAUGAGCAGUGAUAAUGCUGAUCUUGCUCACUUGUCUUCUGUGCAUGUACCCAAUAAAGAAUCUGAAAGUAAGGAUGGGUCGACGCCCAGUGAGCAGAUCAGUCCACAAGAAAAGCAUUCAAAGCAACAUAGAGCGUCAGGAGAACGAAAAGAUCAACAUCUGGAAAAUGGUGGUUCUUUUACCCAAUAUGGUAACAUCAAGCAGUUUGCAGAUGCAAAGCACCCCUUUAGCGAUUCAUCCUGUCAACUCUUCUCCUCCUUGGAUUUUCAGCGGAGCAAACUAAACGAUGGACCUGAUUCUGUGAAUUACAGACAGACAAAUAUUCCUUAUAUGCAUCUCAGCUAUAGUGGUUCUUUGGAUCAAGUUUCAAUCUGUCCAACUGUGUCUAGUGCCAAAUCUGAAAAUAAUGGCCAAUCAUCUUCAAAAAAUGAGUCAUCUUAUGCAUCAAAUAAGGUACAUUCGAUAGACAGUUCUCAUGGUCCUUUGUUUGAGGCUCCUGCUAUUAUAACAAAUGAGAAGAGGGGAAAGCCACAUCGCCGACAAGAUACAGAAAUCCCACUUAACAGGAAUGUCAAACAAGCAAAAAUUGAUACUCGGAUGGCAUUCUGUGAUCCAGUUACUAUUCAAAAGCAGGUCUGUCAGUCUGAACAGGAUGAAGGUCAUAGUGAAGUUGAAGGAGUUAGUGUAGGAAAUCCAGCAGAACUAGAUUCUUCAAAUGUAAGGGAGAGCUCUUGUGUAGUUUCUCCUUUUGAUGAAGUCUCGCUAGAAGCAACUAGUUUUCGGCGGCUUCAACAAGUCAUGGAAAAGCUGGAUAUCAGGACAAAACUGUGCAUACGGGAUAGUUUGUAUCGUUUGGCUAGGAGUGCCGAACAAAGGCAUAAUUGCACAAAAACAAAAAGUGGCAUCAGUGAUGGUAAUGAUGGAAGUGGUUCAUCAGCGUCCGAAGAAACAAACAGGUGCACUGGGUUUAUGGAUAUGGAAACUGACACAAACCCUAUAGAUAGAUCCAUAGCACACCUACUAUUUCACAGGCCUUCAGAUCCAUCUCAAAGGCCAGUUACUGAUACUGCAUUGUUGAAGUCUCAUGGCAAGAUUCAUGGCUCUAUCACGAAUCCACCUCUGAUGAUGCCUGAAAAACACAUUGGCCACGAAGAAACUGAUGCCGGUUCAGAUAAAAAAGUGCCAACAAACAGUAACAGCAGGUAACUGGGAAUUUAUUAAUAUCUUUGUAAAAUUUAAUCUAUUUGUUUAUGAUAAUGCAAAAUGGUGGUCGAUGUGAGUCCAGCCAACACAUACGAUGCAGGUUCCUUCCCUGUUUUAGACCCUUUUUUUUAUAUCUUAGACACCCCAUGGUCUUUUAUUAGUCUGUGUUGUUAUUAAAUCCUUGUAACGGUUUUUGAUAAGCUACUUCCGGUUUGCUUUUUCACAAAUCAGCCUUCUUGUCACUAAUCUCCCGGAUUUUCUCGCUCUCUCUCUCUCUUUUUUUCUUUUAUUAUAAUAAAUUUCCCCUUUCAAGAUUACAAGUAGCCAACUAAGUUUUAUCUUCAUUGGCAUCGUUGCUGUUGUAACAUCUUGAAAGAUGUAAGUUUAAACUCAUGUAAUAGCUUCCGCUUUAAGGAUAGGGAGAGUUUAUGGUUUAAGAAUUAUAUAAAAGAAAGAUUAUACA